GCUAGACUCUGGCCCCUGAGGCUGCCUAGCUCCCCAGACUCCCGGAGUACCAUGGGACAGCUGAUAGCCAAACUGAUGCGAAUCUUUGGGAGCCAGGAGCACAAAGUCAUCAUCGUGGGACUGGACAAUGCAGGAAAGACCACCAUUCUCUACCAAUUCCUGACCAACGAGGUGGUUCACACGUGUUCCACCAUUGGGAGCAACGUGGAAGAAAUUGUUCUUCAGAAGUCCCACUUCCUCAUGUGGGACCUGGGGGGCCAGGAGGCACUGCGCUCCGCCUGGGACACAUACUACUCCAAUGCUGAGUUUGUCAUCCUUGUGAUCGAUAGUACAGACCGGAAUAGGCUGUCGACCACCCGGGAGGAGCUGUAUAAGAUGCUGGCCCACGAGGCACUUCAAGAUGCUUCCGUCCUCAUCUUUGCCAACAAGCAGGACGUAAAAGACUCCAUGACCACGGCAGAAAUCUCCCAGUUCCUCACACUCAGUGCCAUCAGAGAUCACCCGUGGCACAUCCAGGGCUGCUGCGCUCUCACCGGAGAAGGGCUGCCAGCUGGGCUGCAGUGGCUGCAAUCUCAGGCCACCUCCAACUGAUGUCCCAGCCUUAGGCCAACCAGAAUCCACAUGGUUAGCACCAGUGAGAAACCCCAGCCAUUUGCUGGUGGAAACAGCGUGGCUAUGGACAGAGAAGACUACCACUGUCCUCUCAACUGUCACUGAGAGCGGGGUCAAAGACUUCAAGUUGGUGCCCAUGGGACCAAAGGAUGAAGCUGCCUCUCUCUAUCGCCGGGGAUGGAGACACCGGGGGAACCUGCUGGCGUGGUGGGGCAUCAGGCCUCUCCCAGCCCUCACCUUCUGUCUGCCCCUGGAAAGCAAGAGAUCUUAGUCAUUGUUC